AGCGAGCAAAUUCACCUUGAUGAUUUGCAUGAUGAAGAUAAUGGCACACUGAAGUCCAUCUAUCAGUUAGUUCAGACUAUCCGAACAUAGUUUUGCAUGUACUUUAUACCCUGCAUUAGAAUUUUCAAUGGUCCUCAUUUUAUUCUCUUCCUACCUGUGCAGAGGCAGUUAAGUUUUUUUAUUUUUGUGAUACUUUCAGUCCAAAGAACAUUUUACAGAGAAAACAGACAACAAUUUAAAGUCUUUAGGACAACAUGAAGCUCACAGUCUAUUGCUGGUCACUGAUGUGUUUGAUAUUAAGAUCACAAGCUGGAGUUGUGGACGACUUCUCCCAAGUAGAUCGCUGUAAGGAUUUCCUUUACAUGGGCACUCCACCACGAGGUUACCUCAGUACUUCCCUAAAGAAGAUCUGCCAGCGCUAUGUGGACAAGCCUCGCUUUGUUACCCUCUACGACCCCCAAAAACACAUCCCCAUAUAUUCAGCAUACACCUUCAAGAAAUCAGAUGGGGAAAAACGGGUCGACAUUCCCUGGAUGUUUGAACCGCAGCUGGCAACUGAUAAAGGAAGCAGUAACAUGGAACCCUUUCCUCAGUCUUCCUUAAUGCACAAAAACUUUGAAGACACGCAGGCUGUAUUAGAAGACUACGUUGAUGUAGUGCAAUAUGAACGUGGCCAAAUGAGCCCCGAUGAGCAUCAGGUAGACCCGCUGGACAAAGCUGCCACAUACACACUGACCAAUGUAGUUCCCUUGAUAAGGGAGUUCAAUUUUGGUCCCUGGAGCACACAGUUGGAGGUUACCCGCAAACGGCUCAACAAUUAUUGUCAUGGAAAGGCUUAUGUGAUCACUGGGGUGACAACAUCAGGUAAUAUGAUCCGACGUGAUAACCUAGAUCGUGUGGCCAUCCCAGAGUUCAUGUGGACAGCCUACUGCUGCUCAGAUUACGAUCACAAUGCUCCCUACUCAGAGCGGUAUAAGUUUCCAGCGUUCGGCGCCUACGGUCUUAAUGAUCGCGUGAACAACCACAUGGUGGAGGUUCCUAUCAAAAAUCUGGAGAAGUUCCUCAAGGGCAAAAUGGAGGUGGACAAGAACUUCCAGAUCUUUUACAGUGACUGUGUGUCAGAUGCGUAAAUAUUAGAUGGGGAUAAUAAACCAAUCCAAUGGGUUCAUUAUCAUAACGAUGGAAGACACUAUAUUAAACUUAAUACAAAAGAGUAUGCAUUGCAUUUGUGUGUAAUAAAUGAUAAUAUUUUAAUUCAUCAAAUUAUAGGAGUAGUUCGCUCGAAAAUGAAAAUUCUUUCAUCAUUACUCAACUUGUAUGAGUUUAUUUGUUGAACAUACUAGAAGAUAUUUUGAAGAAUGUGGGUGAUUGGUGU